AUGGGUAGAGUGUCAAGGCGCGACAGACUCCCGCCUAAAGAGCCUGUUAUUCUCUUCACAUUCGCAUCGUCCCUCACUCCUAGCGCGUGGGACGCGGCGGGAGAUGCGGUGGAGAACGCGCCGGGCCAGGCGCCUGCGCAUCCCGACAAAGAUCGCGAGACGCAGCUCGUGUAUUACAUCGGCAUCGCGCGAGGGCCGUCUAUUCUCGUUGAUUUCGGGCGGCACAGGAAGAUUUUGCGAAGCGCCGUCUCUGCCGUGCUGGCAGACGCUCCUAAACACUGUAGCACAUACUCUUUGGGCUACGGCCGCACGAACCUCUUCCUCUCCUUCGGUCAGGGCCUCAUCGCCUUCGCUGUCGCUGACGACACUUUGGAUCGCAACAGAGCCUUCCAGAUUCUGUCGCAGCUUCGAGCCACCGUCAUCCACACUCUCUCGCACACGCUCUCGCCGCACGCCCCCUCGCUCCCGCACCCCCGCUCGCACUCGCGGGCCGCUCUCGCCGCCGCGAACGCGCUCCGCCAGCCGCCGCAAAGACCAGUAACCGCCCCUCCCGCGAGCAAGUGCAACUGUGUAACGGUUACAUGUCUGCCGGAGCGUACGGACGCGCCCGUGUCAACCACGCUUCCCGCAGCAGCACAGGACGGCGAGACACCAGCCACGGCAGCAGCUACCCCCCUCAGUAGCGCGACUAUCGCCAACACAGACACAGUUAAGACUGACUCGACCGCCAUUACCACCAGCAGCAGCAGCAGCAGCAGCAGCAGCAGCAGCAGUAACGCGUUUCCGUCUGGCCGAUCGGCCAAAAUGUCUCGCUCUCUAUCCGCGCAUUUCGCGCCGACCUUCCUCGCGGAUUGCCUUGAAGCCACCUUCAAGGAGGUGGUUCGAUCCGCUAAAGGCCGCCUCCGUAAGCGCACAGUGCUGCAACUGUACCCCGACGCUCCGCACGCGUAUCUCGUGAAUAAAAAGAACAUGCUCGAGCCGGAUAUUCUGGACCCGUUAGAAGCCGGCGGAAACGGAGCCAGCAGAAGGCUUGUAACGCGUACAGGCGCGUCGGAACACAGCAGCAGCGGCAGCUCUGGUGGGAAUCUCAGCCGGAGCGGGAGAGAAGGAGCGGGAGGAGCAGGGGGAGCGGGAGGAAGCUUCCCGGGCGGGAGGGAGAACCUUCUUAGCUCGCAAGUGAGCGCGAGAGAGUCCCUAAUGAGCGAGCUUUCUGAUAUGAUGGCGGAUUUCGAAGUGGGCGAUUUCGGGGAGAAGCUCGUCGUGUCGCGCUCCGGGCGAGACGAUGAAUACGUGGACGAUGAUGAGUGGUACAGGCAGACGCGCGGGCAACCCCCCAUGAUGACCACCAAUGCGCGCGGCCUCGGAAUUGGUUCCGGACGAGGGCUAGGGUUAGGGUCUGGUGCGGGAGCGGGAGGGGGAAGAGGAGGCGGAGGCGGAGGGGGAGGCGGAAGGGGAGGCGGAAGGGGAGACGGAGGGGGAGGGGGGAUGGGGAACAGUCCGCUGCUGGAUUUCGUGGCGCAUGCGCGGGGGGCGGGGAUGCUCCCGUCGCACUCGCACUCCGCCGUGUUCGCGCCCAUGGGCGCCCGCUCCGCGUCCCUUGGGGUGUCCUCUGGUGUGUCCGCUGGUGUGAGUCAAACGCCCCCCUUGGUGCCCCCGGAAUAUGCGGGGCUCGUUCCUAUCAGGUCGGGAGGAGGAGCGGCAGGCAUAGGGGUGGGGAGGGCGAGAGGGAUGGGAGGAAGGGUGGAAGGAGGGGCCGUGUUGAGUGAGGCUUCUGCAGAGGGCGAGGCGUGGGAGCAGCAGAGGGAGCGGAGAGGAGAGGGCAGCGGCGAGACACAAUCAGGAGCAGCAGCAGGAGCAGCAGGAGUAGAAGCUUCCGGGCAGGUUCUGCAGUCUCAGGUGUCUCUGUGCCCUGACGGUUACGUCAGCUCCCUAGGGCCUGUUCCCGAAGCUGCUCGGCACAAUAUCUCCCUCUCCCACACAGAACCCUCGUCAGACCUUACCACAGUGGUUCCAGAUUUUCACCUGAACCCUCACCUGACAGGGCACCUGACGGAACACCUGCCAGGGCACGUGGCAGCAGGGAGGCCGGGAGCAGGCAUGGGGCGGAAGCUAGGGGAAGGACACAGGCGCAUGGGGGGGAGUGAGGGCGCCCUUGGCGUGCUUGACACUAGCGCCCUGGAAGGCAAUGUUCCAAACAGCAGCGGCUUUACAAGCAGCGGUUUUGGGAACAGCGGUUUUGAGGGUAGCGGUUUUGGAAGGAGCAGCGGGGAAGCAGGGACAGCAGGGAUGGGUGCACGUGGCAAUGAGGGGUUUUAUCCCCCUGGUGGUGCUGCUGGGUUUCCCCCUGCAGGGUUUUCGCCUGCAGGGUUUUCGCCAGUUGCUGCUGGGGGUGACGUUGGGAAUAGCGUAGGCAAUUUCUUGUUCAGUACCAGUUUCAAUGCGAGUACUGGCAGCAGCAGCGGUGGCAUUGGCAGUGUUGGGAGCAGCAGCAAUCCGUUUGAAGAGGCAGCCAAUCGGAUCAAAAGCCAGAGAUCCGAGUUUGAUAGCCUCUUUCCGCCGCAAUCACCAGCAGAGGAUAUAGAGGAGGACGAGGAAUUCGACCGGACCGCCCUCACCGGACCUGCAGGUUCGGGCGGGAAGGAGUACGUCCGGGCGCAGGCUCGGCAUCAGGCUCGGGAGUGGGGAACGAUGCGCAUGCGGCUGAAAUCGGGGCAGAUGUCUCCGAUGCUCAAAGGGGCUUUAAGUGUGUUUAGGAGUCCGACUGUGCAGGAGAAAACGACAGGGGGGAUGCGGCCGGCCACUGCCGCCCGCAUUUCGGCUUUAACUGCUGGAGGGGGUGGGGGGGUGAGAGGGGAUGAGAAGUGGAGUGCUGGGCUGAAGCCUUUAUGGGCUUCGUUUAAGAAGGGGGCGAGUGGGAAGGAGAAGGAGGGGGGCAGUGGGAAGGAGCGAUAA